AUGUACGGUGUGGUUGUGCCGUUGGCAUCGUACGGCAUGGAGACGGUCAGAAUGUACGGUGUGGUUGUGCCGUUGGCAUCGUACGGCAUGGAGACGGUGUACAUCAUUUACGUGGACAGAAGUAAACCGUUGCUUUUUAUCAAGCGAUUGACCACUGCCAAUUGGUGGGAGUUAUCGAAAAAUGAAAAGAAACUACAGGAGAAGGUAUGCUGCGUUUGUUUUUGUACGUGA